AUCGACUUCGGUUGCAACUCCUGCUGCUCUUCGCAAAAAUGAAAAUCUGCUGUUAAUAUUACGCAUGGACAAAGGUCCUCGAGGUGGAGGGCCAUUGCUUCUUGAAGUCGGACCAGCAAAAUAUAUCGGUGACCCGCAUUUAUUCUCUUGGCCCCGUCGAUUGAUGGUUGUACUCGGAUGUUUUAUGACCCGGAUCUGAACCAGCGUUAAAAACGGUGCGACAGCACACCGUGUCAGUCAACUGGUAUUUCACUGUUUUAAAGCACGAUGAAACUAUCUCAACAGCAGCUAAACGACCAGUGGUUUGUCUCAUCUUAGUGAGAUGAUCCGCGAGCUGUUGGCACCACGACCUGUAGGUUUGUAGAGACGCUUGUAACAAGCGGUGUCGUCGUACCAGUAUCCUCGUAAUUUUUAAAUUCGACCUGUUGUACUACACCACAAGCUCUGACAAAAUUUAACUUUUUCAAGACGCAAAUUCGAAAAAGUGCGAUAGUCUAUUUAUUUCAGAUUUGUCACUUUUUGAUACCGCUUCGGAAAAUCGUCACCGCAAGCAGCUGCAAUUAAAAUUGCCAUUUCGGAAAAAAUUAUAUAUGAUUUUUCGACUUUUUCACCUUUUUGUGUAAAUUCUUUCCCCACGAGGAUUGAAAAAAUGCGGCUGCCAGCACUUCACUUCGCAGUGGGGGCUGCAAGAACAUUGGUGUCGGCCAAUCUGUUUAUUCCCGGGCGUGGUCCUGGGUUGAUGCCAACGGAUGAUGAAUCGCCAACAACAACGCCCGAAACCUUCAACGGCGACGACGUGGCGGGGAAACCUCCAACGAUCGAAGUCGGAACCAACAAAAAGCAGCAUGGAAAUGAUCCUUCUGCGAUGCAGAUUCAGUUCGCUGUUUGUAAGGAGCCGGAAAAAGAGGACAUUCCAGUGGACUUCAAAAGCGUUCCUUCCCCUGAGCAUGGAUUCCCCGUUGCCGUAUCAAAAUGAACAAGGAUCCCCCCGCCUCCCCAUAGUACUUAUUAAAACGGAGAUCUGCGCUGUUGUACGAGCAUUUUUUAAAUCGCCGAUUGUCAACAUAUGCUAGAGGGGAAGUACUAGAGAUGCGGACAGUAGUGCUGGCUGGUGUUGGAAUACUUUUAAAAAACAAGCCUUGUGUAUUAUUCAGCACGACAGGAAGCAUCUGGAAGCGGGAAGCAGCAUCUUCACAAAUUGCCUGCAAACGAGGCCACAACUGCGUCUCAUCUUUGCCUCCUAGCAAUACAAGUCGUGGUGCAACUCGUAUAGGCACAGCAUUGAUUCCGAUACCUGGGGAGGGGGGAUUUGAUUUCCGCACAAUACGCCGGGCCCCUAGACUAUGCCGCUGCUGAGUACAAUGCCACCCUCCUGGAGAGCCAGGAGGCGAUGGACUUGCAGUUCGAUAAGGUAUCAAAUGCAAAUAUGUCUGGGUCUGGAACAGUUGAACUUGUGAUGCGUGUCUUGCAAUCCUGGAAAAUCUCUGUUGCAUGAGCAGCAACAGAGGAGCUUCCUUUGUCAUGCAAGAACGCAAUGUGUGAUGCGUGCUAGGCAUCAGCAGGCGUCUUAAAAACUUGUCAUGCUUGGCUGCCAUUGCAAGUGCUUUAAUCAUGCUCAAUUCAGCAUCACAGGUUUCCAGACCCAGACAUAUUUGCAGUGCAUAUAAGGACGGGGCCAACAAAUGGUCCUCCGACCACACCAUGCAGCUUUUGGAGAUAUCAAAUGCAAAAAUGUCUGGGUCUGGAAGGUUGGAACUUGUGAUGCUAACUUUGGACUCCAAAAAAAUCUGUAUUGCGUGACCAGCAAGAGGAGUCUAGUUUGUGCUACGCGGGGAGGGCGUUUGUCAUGCGGGACAGGCAUCAGGAAGGCCUCUAAAAAUAUGUGAUGCCAGAUCAAACAUUACAGACAUCCUGAGUCAUGUAAAAUAUGCAUGACAAACCUGGCAACCUUCCAGACCCAGACAUUUUUGCAUUUGAUAGGAGAUCAAGGAAGUCAAAGUCGGAAGCAACAGCACAACUGGGGAGCAGCAGCUCCACCAGCUCCACACCUCGCUCCGCGGCAUGUAUUGAGAGGAAAAUAAAUCCCUCCUCCCCAUAUCGUCGAAAAGGUAUGUUUCCGAAAUAAAUUUGUGUUGCUGAUUUGAGACCACAAAUGAUCCCGCCUGUCUUGCUAGAAGACAAGUGCAGAGUGGCUUCCGCACCAUUAUGGAAGCAAUUUGGCAUGCUGUUGGGCUUAGGGAAAAGCCGUUUGCAAUGCGAAGCAACUAGACCCAAACGCUCCUACCUAGGCUGAGGAUCUGGCUGCGAAGAUGCCGUGCUGCAAGACAGCGCGCAUUUGUGUACUACGGAAAUCCAGCAUCAGAAACUUUGUCGCGACAGGGGGAGGGGGGAUUUUUCCUUACGAUAGCAUGACGUGGAACAUCAUGAUGAAACCCGGGCGUAUGGUCAUCCCGGACAGAACGGAUGAGAACAAGAAAAUGGCGAUCACCUUUUCCCCCUGGUCGAACUUUCAACAAACAGACGACAUCGAGAAAAACCAGUUUGAGCUUGCGGAGCACUACAAAAUGCGGAAGAUUUACCAAGUGAAAAAGAUCGUGCAAGUGAUGAAAGAGGAGAACCUGCAGUUUGCCAUGCUGCAAGAGGUGGACUUCCUGCUCACCGUCCAAGAUCGCCAUCGGAAAAACAAACUCACGAUGAUAAGAAAGCAAAUUUUUGCAUUUUGGCGGAACUACAUCGAGGAGUCUGGGCUACGCUUUGUCACCACGGAUCCUAAGAUCCCGAAUGUUCAGAAGCUGAUGAUCGUGUACGAUCCCAAGUGGCUUGUCCCCGAGAAGCGAAGAUUCGGGCCCAAGAAUUAUGUGGCCAACUACUAUGACCGAGAGAUCGCAAACUUUGGCUCCGAUUCGCACCUCCAUCCGCUUUGGGGUCCUUACUCCACGACAGAAACCAAACACGAAAAGGACCGGGCGGCCGGCAUGCAGUUUAGCAUCCGCGACGGCGCUAUGAAAUGCAAAUAUGUCUGGGGCUGGAAGUGUGGAACUUGUAAUGCUGUCUACGGAUUCUAAAAGUAUCUGUGUUGCAUGAGCAGCCAGAGGAGUCCAGUUCUUGGCACGCGCAGAGGGCAUUUCUCAUGCGUGAUGAAGAGCAUCAAGAAGCCCUCAAAGAAUCUGUGAUGCUAGGACCUGCAUCACGCAAAAUGUGCAUGACAAACUCCGACUCGUCCAGACCCAGACAUAUUUGCAUUUGAUAGGCGCCGGCGGGAUGACUGAAGCGAAAGUGCACCUAGUCAACCUGCACCUCCACCAAGACGAUCCUAAGUAUUGCGAGGAAAAAUUCCCCCUCCCCAUAGCGAAAAGGAAAUUUGUGAUGCUGGAUUUGCGUACAACUCAGGUCGCCUUGUAUUGCUAGAGGCCCAAGAGACGCAGUUGUGGCCUGAAUUGCAGGCAGUUUGUCUUGCUGUUUUCCACUUUCAGUUGCCUCCUGUGAUGCUGAAGAUGCAAGGCCUGCUUCCCACGCCAGCCAGCACUACAGUCCGCAUCUUUAUAUGCCUUCUAGCAUGACAAAACGUGAUUUGUGGCAUCAAGCUCCGUUUUUUCAGUACACAAAUCUCCGUUUUAGUAUGGGGAUAUCGUAACUUUUCAUUUUGAUACUAAGUACUUUAUAUCAACUAUGAAAAUGUCUGGGUCUGGAAAGAUCCAAGGUUUGUCAUGCUUGUCGGACAUGACUCUCAAGUCUGUCAUGCACAUUACCCAAAAGUGCCACUUUUCUGUCAUGCAGAAGCUCACUUUCUCAUGCAGAAAAGCCAAGACUUUAGCACCUCCAAAACUUGUCAUGCUUGCCUGUCAAAUGAGGCGUGCUCGUCUUUCGCAACUAGUAUUACAAGUUCCCAGACCCAGACAUAUUUGCAAUGCAUACUUUAAUUUGUUACCCUCGUACGCCGGCACGAUGUAUCGACUACAGAAAAUGAACCUGAAGCACUAUGCAUUGCAAAUAUCUUCGAUCUGCGUCUGGAAUUGGAUGCAACUUGUCAUGCGAAGUAGUCUCAAGCCUGAAACAAAAAUCUGUAUUGCAUGAAGGCCAAAAGAUGUUGCCCACGACUUCUUGCUGGGCUGCAAAAGGCGGAUUUCUUAUCAUGCGGGGUAGGCAUGGUGAAGAUCAGCUCGCAAAAUCUGUGAUGCAGCUUCAUCUGUGUGCAUUACAGACCAUGUCUGCGUGCUGUGGUCCGCGAGAUGCAUGACAAGUCUUGCAGUCCUCUUCGAGACAUCCCCAUCCAGGGAUAUUUGCACCGGAUAAGCACUAUGGAUUGUAAAAAUGUCUGGGUCUGGAAGGUUGCAACUUGUAAUGCUAGCUUUCCAUACCUAGAAAAUCUGCAUUGCAUAACGAACAAAAGUCGCAGCCUCUUUUGUCAUGCAAAAACGCAGUUUCUCAUGCGGAUUGCCUAUGAGAAAGCGUUUUGGGAAGUUGGCAUGCCGGACUGCAUUCGAAAGUGUUUUCAUCAUGCACAUUUUAGCAUCACAAGUUUCCAGACCCAGACAUUUUUACACUUGAUAAGCACGGGAUUGCCACGAUUCUCGCCGGGGACACGAACCACUGCGUCAAUAUCAACUGCAAAUAUGUCUGGGUCUGGAAGAAUGCAAGUUUGUCAUGCACGUUUUGCAUGAGCCAUGAUGUCUGUGAUGUUUGUCCUAGCAUCACAGAUUUUCUGACGGCUUCGUGAUGCCUAUCCCGCAUGAGAAAUGCCCUGUCCGCGUAGCAAAAAUUGGACUCCUUUUGCUGCUCAUGCAAUACUUACAGAUUUUUUUAGAAUCCAAACGCAGCAUCACAAGUUGCACGUGCACCCUUCCGGACCGAGACAUAUUCUCAUUUGAUAGUCAAGUGCGCAAUGCCAUUGAUGACCGGCACGGGGGACCUGGCCAGCGGCUUGGGCGGGUCCGACAUCCAUGCGCGAGAACUGGGCAAAGACAAAACGGGAGUGUAUCAAAUGCAAAUAUCGAUCUGGGUCUGGAAAGGUUGAGCUUGUAUUGCGUGUUUCGCAUUCCUACAAAAUCUGUAUUGCAUAAAAAGCAAAUGAAGCAACACACUUUCAUCAUGCAAAGUCGCAGUUUCUGUAUGCGUUCUAGCGCAUGAGAAAGCGUUUGAAAAAUUCGUCAUGCUGAACUGCACUCAAAGGCACAGUCAAUCAUGGCCAUUCAGCCUUACAAGUUUCCAGACAUCCAGACAUAUUUGCAAUUCAUAGAUUGCCCAUUGUCGCCGCUGACGCAGUUUCGCUGGACAGGCGGGUGCACACGGUCCCCUACAAUGGCAUGCCGCCUCCGCAUUUCCACACGGUGCCGAACCAAAUUGACGGGUUUUUCGUGUCGCCUAGCAGCAAGAAUCACUUCGUCGCCGUGCGCGAACUACGGUCGGUAGAAUGGAUUACGCAUUGCAAAUAUCCCUGGAUGUUGUCUGGAAGGUUGCAAGAACUUGUGAUGCUGUCUUUGGAUUCUGAAAAAAGUGUAUUGCAUGAGCAGCAAGAGGAGUCGAGUUUGUGCUACGCGGAGAGGGCAUUUCUCACGCGGAAUAGGGAGGAAGACGCCCUCAACAAAUCUGUGAUGCUGGACCAUGCAUCACAAAGGACAUCAUGGGCCGUGCACAAUGUGCAUGACAAGGAACCUCGCAUCCUUCCAGACCAAGAUCGAUAUUUGAAAUCCAUAUGGAUCGUGCGGAAACAACCUCCCGGGGAGGAGAGGAAGUUCCUAUGAGAGUGCACAACUCCCCCUCCCCCCCAUUUGUUUUGCAUGAACAGCAACACAAGCGCUGGCAACAAUGCAGCUUUUGCAUGACAAACUCCUACAGAGGACUGUAGUGCUGUUUUGGAUUCCGGAACAAUCUGUCAUGCAAAUAGUGUUGACAGACAAAGGGUGGAUUUUGAAUUUUGCACCACAAAUCGGGGGGGAGGGGGAGUUGCGCACUCUCAUAGCCCCCUGCAUUGGCACAGAACACGCGGAAGGAACAAGACUGCUAUUCCGUCUCGACUAAGGGGCAGCCCUACAUCCGCAAGGGCGUAGAGGAGGAGCUGCUCAAGUGCCUAGCGGCCGCGGAAAGGAACAGAAUUUCAAUCAAACAAGAACCCAAAGGGGAACAAGAAAAGUUCCUCGAGGAUCGCGACGCUUGGCUAUGUCGAUUGCAAAUUAUAUCGAGAUCUGGGUCUGGAAAGUUCGAACUUCGAUCAUGCUGGGCUUCGAUUUUUUUUGUGAAAUCAGUGUAUUGCAUGACCAGCAAGAUGAGUCGCAGGCUCUUCUGUCAUACAAAAACGCAGUUUCCGACGCGGGCUGCGCAUGCGAAAGCGUUCUGAGAACUUGUCAUGCCAUUGGCAGCAUUGAUUCGGAUGCCGCGUUUGUUCCAUCGUCCAGAUAGAAAUUGUAGCAUCACAAAUUAUUUCCAGAGGACCCAGACAACAUAUGUGAUUUGAUAGUGGCACUGGUACUACGAUGACCGGAAAAAGAAAUGGGCCUUAUCCAUUGCAAAUAUGUCUGGGUCUGGAAAAGUGCAACGUUUGUCAUGCACGUUUUGCAUGACGCAUGAGGUCUGUGAUGCAUGCCCUGGCAUCACAGAUUCUGUGAGAUCUUUGCCAUGCCUUUUCCGCAUGAGAAACUGCCUCUCGGCUUGCUCAAAAGUGGACAGCUUUAUUGGUAAUCAUGCAACACAGAUUUUUGCAUGAUUCAGAUUUAGCAUGACAAGUUGUACCCUUCCAGAGGACCCAGGCACUUUUACAAUCCAUAGGCCUGGACGUGGAACCACGAAGUGUGGGAAAAAAUGCUGAGCGACGUCGUGAAAGGCACGCCCGCGUUCUAUCAAAGUGAAAAAAGCCCCCACCCCACAUCAAAACGAAAUUUCUGAUGCUGGAUUUGCGUACACAGAUCAGAUUUGUCUUGCAGUAGGGGACUGCAGGCCGAUAUCAUGCCAGUACGCAGAGGUUUUGGCCUAGGCACUUAGCAUGGGGAACGCCUAUGCUGUAGGACCAACAGCAUUACAAACCGCCUGCAUAAUGGGGCGGAGCGGAUGCCGUUGCUUUCUUGCAAGACAGACACGAUUUGUGGUCGCAAAUCAGCAUCACAAAUUUUUUGAGGCGUUCCGUUUCGAUAUGGGGAGGGGGGAUUUUUCCUUACGAUACGUUCAAACCCGGGACGAGGAUUGAGGGCGGACUUAGCGCUUUGCAAACCCGGAAGGACUGGAGCGGCCCUCCUAAACCCUUUCCGGCGUCCGAAGCAGACUGCUUCAAAAUUGAUGGGCCCUACGGUCGUGUCGGUGAGUACAAAAACCUCGAGCACCUCAUGCUGACGAAGCCGGCGGCGCGGGAAGAUGACUCUGACGAAGUUCCUACCACUGUAACUCGGGCGAAAAAGAUUGAUUUCGGGCUCCUGAGAGGAGUCAACCGGUUUUCGAUGGUCCAGCCCGGGAUGGGGGAUGAUUGAUGCCGAGCCGAUGUCAUCUGUGAAGGAAAAUAAGGGGGCACCAGCCUACUUAAAACUUGAGCUUCCGGAUCCGGUUGCUGCGUAGAAGCUCUAGAUUUUGCAAACUGUCUUGAUGUACUAUAGAUCCCUUGUGGUCGUUCAUGGGUGCCUCAAUGAGUACUGACUCGUUGGUGGCAAUUUUUCGUGCACGACUGGUACAACUAGAAGACCUUUUAUAAAUAUUGAAUUUGAAGUACAUGAUCGACCCAAAUAUGAUUCCGCAGCGUUUUUUCCUAGUGCGCAUUUAUUUUUUGCUCUACCCGGAGGUGGGCUAGCAUUUGUUGUUCCCACCUGUUGUCACACAAAAAAUGUCUAUAUAAUUACCAGCAGAGCAUGCUGUGGCUUCUCUGCUUGCGGCAAAUUCACGCCCGUCCAAGAAACAAUGUACCGUCUACAGCAGGAUUUCUAUCAGCAAGCAUAUUCAAUAUCAUACGUUGCGACUUAUUUUCCAUGUUAAAAACGACCAAACUCUGCUCUGGCUUCAGAUAUACUAUGCGCGGCCAUGAUACCAAGAAACCGAACAAAAUUUUGUCCCGCCACUACGCACGAUGCAGUGGCAUGCACAUGCUGCCGCUCCAUUAC